AUGGCAAGAAACAGAGGGGAUAAAGAAGAUGCAUCAGAAAGGCACAUGGGGUUGCUUAAACUGGUUCAGAUAUUGUCGUUGUUGGUUAUUUUUGUUGCUGGUAUAAUUAUAGGCUUAGCUGCAAGUUCUCACAUCAAUCAAUACUUUACUUCGCAAGCACAGCUAUUUUUCACUAACAACAUUGCUUCAGCUAGGAUCUCUGAUGAGAAUUGUACUAUUGUGAAGCCUUGUGAGAAGGCUGAUUGUUUGAGUAUGGAGAGGUUUGUUCAUCCAGACAACUUGACACAUAGUAUGACCGAUGAUCAGGUCUUUUGGAGGGCUUCUAUGUUGCCGUAUAAGAAAGGGUAUCCCUUUGAUAGAAUUCCUAAAGUUGCUUUCAUGUUUUUGACUAGAGGGCCUUUGCCUCUGUUGCCUUUGUGGGAGAGGUUCUUUAGGGGUCAUGAACAGUAUUUCUCCAUUUAUGUCCAUACUCCCCAAGAUUAUGUGUUCAAUGUUUCCAUUGAUUCGUCAUUCUACGGAAGAAAGAUUCCAAGUAAGGAUGUUGAAUGGGGAUCAGUAUCAUUGGUUGAUGCUGAGAAGCGCCUUCUAGCCAAUGCCCUGCUGGAUUUCUCAAAUGAACGUUUCAUUCUCCUUUCUGAGAGCUGCAUCCCAAUCUACAAUUUCCCGACUGUCUACAAGUAUCUCAUUCGUUCAAAAUACAGCUUUGUUGAGUCAUAUGAUGAACCCACCCGCUAUGGACGUGGCCGCUACAACCGGAAAAUGCUUCCUGAUAUUCAUCUGUAUCAAUGGAGGAAAGGGUCGCAAUGGUUUGAGAUCCAACGCGACCUGGCUGUUUAUAUAGUUUCAGACACCAAGUACUACACUGUCUUCAAGAAAUAUUGCAGGCCUGCUUGCUAUCCCGACGAGCAUUACAUUCCUACUUACCUGAACAUGUUCCAUGGGUCGCUUAAUGCGAAUCGAAGCGUGACAUGGGUUGAUUGGUCUAUUGGGGGACCGCACCCUGCAACAUAUGGUGGUGUUAAUAUUACAGAAGACUUUAUACAGUCCCUUCGGAAUAAUGGGACACAAUGUUCCUAUAAUUCAGAGAUGACAUCUGUUUGUUACCUCUUUGCUCGGAAGUUCGCUCCAAGUGCACUGAUUCCGUUGCUUAACCUAACCUCGACGCAGGGAUGCAUGCGUACACAUGGUUUUGGUGCUCUAGACACAGAAUGGUUAGCACCCUCGGAUGGUUUGGAUCCAUGUGGGACCCGCUGA